AUGUGGCUGUUCGGGGGACUCGUCUGGAUUUUGGUGGCUUCCUCCAACGUUCCUCUACCUCUGCUCCAAGGAUGGGUCAUGUUCGUGUCCGUGACGGCUUUUACCCUUUCCCUCCUUUUCCUGGGCGUGUUCCUCUCUGGCAUGGUGACUCAGAUCGAUGCCAACUGGAAUUUCCUGGAUUUUGCUUACCAUUUUACAGUGUUCGUCUUCUACUUUGGAGCCUUUUUACUAGAAGCAGCAGCCACCUCCCUGCACAAUCUGCAUUGCAAUACAACCAUGGUCGUGCAGCCGCUCCUGAGUAAUAACCAGUAUAACAUAAACGUAGCAGCUACAAUUUUUGCCUUUGUGACGACAGUUUGUUAUGGUUGCAGUCUGGGUCUGGCCUUACGAAGAUGGCGACCGUGA